AUGCCGGUGGACGGCACGCAAGGCUGUAUCCGGGCGUUCACGCAAUUGAAAUCGCAGUAUCCCAAGCUGAAAGUCGUCUUGUCCGUUGGGGGAGGGGGCAAAGGAAGUGAAAACUUCGCCGGCGUGGCCCGCAGCCAAGCCCGCGUGGAGACCUUUGCCCGGACGGCCAGGCAGCUGGUGGACCAGUUCGGUCUGGAUGGCAUCGACGUUGAUUGGGAGCACCCGGCGGACCCUCAGCAGGGAUUCGAUUACGUGCGUCUUCUGGCGCGACUUAGGGAAGCGUUGCCUGCGCCGCGAUACGUACUAGCGACUUGUCUCCCGGCGGGACAAUGGGCUCUUCGGAAUAUCGAUCUGUCCAAGGCGCAGAUGUACUUGGACCUUAUUAACAUCAUGACCUAUGACUUUUCGGGGCCUUGGACGAAUGAGACUGGUCACCACGCGCAACUCUACGGCCGCUCUCCGGGGGCUGUCUCGUGUCAUUCCGCUGUGUCAUAUGUUCUGUCCCAAGGAGUCGACCCGAAGAAGCUUCUACUAGGAAUUCCCGCCUAUGGCCGAUCUUUCCUCGACAGUAGCAAACCGGGGCAGCGUUACGCCGGCUGCGGCGGGGAGGAUGGAGUAUUCGAUUACAACGCCCUGCCUCGACCGGGGGCUAAAGAGCACCACGACGAUAAACUUGGGGCGGCAUAUUGCUCUGGAGGGGAUGGCGGUUUUGUGACUUACGAUACCCCGCGAACGGUGCAGCAAAAGGCGAAAUUUGUCACCAAGUCCAAGCUUGGAGGGUUAUUCUAUUGGCACAUCGGAGGAGAUGCUCAGGGCGCUCGGAGUCUGAUAGAAACCGGCUAUAACACGCUCCACGAAAUGUAA